ACACACACACACACACACACACACACACAGACUAUAUUUGGGACUGAGCGCAGAGAGAAACAGUUGGUGUCGGGGCUGCUGGAUGUUUCUGACACAAACACACCGGUAACAGCAGCAGCAGCAGCAUCACAGCAGACGAGCAGCUGAGCUGAAGAUCUGCAGAAGGAAACGACUGAACAUGUGCUGAUCGGGCUGCAGAGCCCUGAAGACAAACAGAAGCAGACAUGAUCCCUUUUUCUCCCUGAGGAACUGACCAAUCAGCAGUCAGGAUGAUGCCCAAGCAGGUGGCUCAGACGUCUCCAGGGAGCGUGUUGUCGCUGAGAGGGUCCAGCGUCCCGGGAUCCCCUGCAGCCGCCAUCGUGGCCAGAAUGGAGGACGGCGUUAUCGGCUAUAAGGACCUGGCAGCGUUACCAAAGGACAAAGCCAUUCUGGAUAUAGAGAGACCCGACCUGAUGAUCUACCAGCCGCACUACAGUUACAGCCCACUGGAGAGGUCCUUGUCUCCUCGCUCCAUCUCUCCUCCUCCCUCCCCAGAGAACCUCUCCAAGGAGUCCAGGGAGUGGCUGGAGAACCGGUCUCCUGGAGGUUCCUCCCCUGGUUCCACCAUCCAGACCAGCAGAACAUUCAGCGCGCACACACCGCCGACACCAAACACACCCAACACACUCUCAUCUGGUACCAAGAGCACCAUGCAGCACUUCCACAGACCAGAAAACGGCAGUAACAUUUAUAAGAAGCCUCCCAUCUACAAACAAGAUGUGUUGUCUCCGAUGCCUCAGGGGAAACACAUCGAGGAUCUGAUCAUCGAGUCGUCAAAGUUCCCGGCAGCUCAGCCUCCGGACCCCAACCUGCCCUCCAAGAUAGAGACCGAGUACUGGCCCUGCCCCCCCUCCCUGGCUGUGAUUGAGAAGGAGUUGAGGAGGAAGGUUCAGACGGAUGAGGAGGAGGAGGAUGGAGAGCUGGAUGAUGAAAUCUGGGGUCUGAGAGCGCUUCAGAAACAAGAACUCAACAAGAUUCAAUCUAAUCUGGGAAAAAUCAUCCUGAAGGAGGAGUUGGAAAAGUCUUCGACUCCUCUGAGGAGGAAAACUCGCUCACUACCGGACCGCAGCCAACACGCUGGGUCCAACGCCUCCAAGUCGGUGUAUUUCCCGGCUAAGGCGGGUCUGUCCAGGCUGCAGUCAGCAGAGUUCAGCUCGUCUGAAAAAACUCCUGCAGGUGUUCAGAACGGAGACUCCAGGAUGGACAGAGGAAACUCUCUGCCCAGCAUGUUGGAUCAUAAGAUCUUCCCGUAUGAGAUGUUGGUGGUGACUCACAGAGGACGAAGCAAACUGCCUCCUGGUGUGGACAGAACCAGACUGGAGCGACAUCUCUCCCAGGAGGAGUUCCACAGCGUUUUCGGGAUGUCCAUCGAGGAGUUCGACAGCCUCUCUCUCUGGAAGAGGAACAACCUGAAGAAGAAGGUCUGUCUCUUCUGACGUCGCCGGGACUACUACAACUCCCACAAUCCCCCUGCUCUUCCUGGAUCACCGCAGGAUCCUGAAACCACAGACUCCGAACAAAAAAACAACAACCGUCAUUAUCAGCACCGCCACCAUCAGACAGCAGGUCACUGUUAGUCAGACGAUCAGUGGAAGUUUGUGGACGUCGCGGGUUUCAUGUUUGGAGUGACUUUAGAUUUCUGCUGCACAUAUUAACUCCACCAGAUUUAAAGCAGCGCUGCAAAGCAGAAACAUAAGCAGAAAAUAAGCUUCGGUCUCUAGAUGUCUGCGGAAAUUCAUUAAUAACUAAACUACUGAGCAAAUAAUCAAUCUGUAAGAUUUUCAAGCAAGCAGAGACAGAUUUGGAAGAACAGAUUCAACAAAAAAAACAAUAACUGUGUGUUAUUAAUGGCCCCAGUGUGGCUUCAUCCUUCAAUAUCAGCUUUCUCAUCUGUCUAAAAGACUAACAGGAGCCAGGAACAGUCAGAUAUGUCCUGUUGAAGUCUUUUGCUGAGGUUUCCAGCUGCUCUGAAUCUGCCAAAACAAGUCACAUGAAACCAGGGUUUUGUGUUCAAAUUGAUAUUUGGAUUGAAGAAUCUGUCCCUGCGUGUAGACGUCCAGCAUCUUGCUCAGAAGCAUCACAGUAACUUUGCAGAAACCUGAAAGUUUAUCUUCUGUUGACACGUGAAGCUCAGUUGUUUGGUUGUAAUUGUGGCAUUCUGGGAAAUGAAGUUAAUUCUGACAUCAGUCUCAUUAGAGUCUCUCUGGAUUACAGAAGAUGAAGCCGACUAGUUUUAGCGUUAAAGUUCUCCGUACGCCAGAUUUCACAUGAAAGAUUGAACCUUCUGUGAGUUUAGAGACAGUUUUUAUCCUGAAGCCUGACAGAGAUCUAUUUUCAUCACACUGAGCAACUGAAGUAAAUAUUUUAUUUUUCAGCUUCCAGCUACAGUCGGGCAUUAAACCAACAUUCCUGCUGACUCUGAGUCAGGUUUCAAUACAGAUUCAUAUCUGCUGAUCGAUUAUCAACUCGCUGAUUUUGCGGGGAAAAAAAAAAAAGUCCUGUUAGCGACCUUUUAAAAAAGCACUGUUCCUAUUGGCUUAGCCAGCUAUGAUGUCACAGUGACAGCAUUUCUUUCCCAGCACCAAAAAAAGGAAAAACAAGGAGACAGUUUGAUCGCAGUUUGAGCCGAACUCAUCAUUAAACAUCGGAGUUGGACCUCAUUAAUGUUCCUGUGUCUGAAUGGGAUCAAACCCCUUUAAAAGCAGAGCAAAACCCAUCGUUCAGCUGUCCACAUACUUUUGGCCCCGUAAUGCAUAUGAGAGGCUAAAGGUGAUUUGAUGACAUUAAACUAAGAGCUCAAACUUACUAAACUUGUAGUGGUUGGUUAUUUUUGUCCCCACUGUCCAUCACUGGUUAGAAAACAAAAAAACAGAAUUACAAACUGAAGUCUUGUUUGGCCAUCGUUGACCUUUACUACCCAUGUAGGACUCUACAGCUGAAAUGAUUAGAUCAGGGGUUUCAAGUCUGAGACUGUGGGCCUCCCCUCACCCCCCCCACCCCCCCGACUUUACUUGCUUACUUUUGUUAACUUAGUGGAUGUCUACAGAAUCAUUAUUAUGAUAUUAGAUCCUAUAGACACUCGACAGUUGAGCCAAGAUAACCUGAUAUUUCUGAUUAACAUAACUUCAGACAACACAAAUACAUUAAAAAGUUUGUCCUAAAGGAUUUAUUAGUUUCUGACUAUUCUGUAUGAUCUCCUUUUGAUAACUAAUGUAAUAUUUUUUCACCUCCAUUCACUGAGCCUCCCCAGAAACCCCCCGAGACUUUGAAAACCUCUGGAUUAGCUCAUAAAUCAAUUAGUUGAUCGACAAAAAAUUAAUUUGCAACAAUUUUGAUAACUGAUUAAUCAUUUAAGUCAUUUUUUUUUAAGCAAAAGAAGCCAAAAAUCUUGUGAUCGCAGCCUCUCAGAUUUUAAUAUUUGCUAGUUUUUUCAGUUUUGAUAGACGAUGACUGUUGGUCAGACAAAACAUCUGAAUAUGCAUUUUAUACACUGAACAAUCAACUGAUUAUUAAAGCCUUACAGUAACAUGAUGGAACAACACUACGUCGCCCUCAAAGAAAGAUUUAAUCACAUUCAACUCAAACUUACAAACUUUUACUGGUAAUUUAAAUGAUUUUUGGCCCUGCUGUCCGUCACUGGUUGAUACUCAGCUGCUGCAGGCUGAUGAUGAAACUGCCUCCUUGUUUCUUCUUUGUGUUCAGCAAACGUCACUGCCCUGUUUGAUCCAAGAACUCCACACACACACACACACACACACACACACACACA